UGCCUGUGUGACUGGCCAGCAGGAGGUGGUGUUAACUUUCUAGCCACUUCUCACACUCUGUGAGACAGGCUGCAGAAUGUUUUGCUCCAGCUCAUCCCAGCCUGGCGUGGGACAGGGAAGAGAAAUGGCUGCAGUGGAGUCAGUCCAGGGGCUGGUGACCUUCAAGGAGAUGGCUAUGUAUUUCACCAGGGAAGAGUGGGCUCUGCUGGACCCCUCUCAGAGAGCCCUCUACUGGGAUGUCAUGCAGGAGAACUAUGAGACUGUGACCUCGCUGGGCCAGAGAAUAACAUCCAUGUUUCGCUGCAGAUCAUCUCGUCCUCCCAGGGGCAAGGAAAUGGCUGCAAUGGAGCUGGCUCAGGGGCCGGUGACCUUCGAGGAGGUGGCUGUGUAUUUCUCCAGGGAAGAGGGGACUCUGCUGGACCCCACUCAGAGAGCCCUCUACAGAGAUGUCAUGCAGGGGAACUAUGAGACGAUGGUCUUGCUGGGUAAGGAUUCCUGUCCCUUCUGUUCUUGGAAGGGGAAAUGAAGAGUGAAGGUUCAUGCCACCCCCACAAUGCCAUCUGUACCCUGUCCUGUUUCAGCAUCACCCCAAUAGGCCAGUAACAUACAUACUACCAGAGACCCUCCUCUGCUGCAGAACACUUUGGGAACAGAGCACAGGAGCAGCAUCACACAAUGUCAAAUAUCUCCUCUUUACUCAAGUAAAACUGGGGUUAGGUCCAGCAUAAUGAACAGAAGCUUCCUACCCCCAGCCUUCUCUCAAACCCUGAGCCUUCUCUACCCAAACCAGAAUGUGCUUGGGGUGUAACAAGCAGGCGGCUGGAGUCAGAGCUGCCAGUCCAGGGUUACUUAUCAUACAGACACUCAGUGCGUCCUUGAACGCUGGCUGGGAGUAUCCAGACAGGGGAGCUCCAGCAGCAGAACACUGAAUCUCACCCAGGAUUACAGAUGACACAACUCCUCGCUGAUCUGGAUUGCACCCCAGCAUGUGAAAAU